AUGGAACAAAUGCAGGGCUUCCCAGAAUCUCAGCCCAGCAGCAGCAUCAUGGAUUCUUUGAGGGCUGCUCGAGAUGCCCGUAUGUUUGCAAGCACGAGUAAUACGGAAAAUAUCGAAAUUUUGAUGGAGCAGCCGUUGGAAACACCUUGGGCCAUUCUUUCGUAUACAUGGAGGAAUGUCUUCCGCAUGUCACAGACUCCCACGUCAAAAACGAGCCUGUGCACGGCAUGUAAGGCUGCAGCCUAUAUUGACAUUCCAUUUCUACAAAUCGAUACUUGCUUUAUCUCUGGGCCUGGAGUGAGCCUUAGAGCAAAGUCCGCCAUGAACGGGCUAGAGUAUGCAGACUAUCGCCGUGCUCCCAUGUGUUUGGUUUACCUACAGGAUGUCGUCUAUACAGAUGGGGAUAGCAACUUCAUGGAGAAGAUACAAAAUAGUAGCUGGUUGAAUGAGGCCUGGGCUCUGCAAGAGCUACUAGCUUCAAACGAGAUUACCUUCUAUUCUAGUGAGGCCAAACGCUUGUGCAAAAAGUCGGACAUCUUGUAA